GAGAGAGAGUGAGAGUGAGUGUGAGUGAGUGAGUGAGUGCGCAAUGGAUGGAGAGGGUCUCUGAGCUCUGAUCCAGCGCAGCAGAAGGGCUGAUCGGGGAGACGAGAUGUCCAGGGUUUCCCACCCGCAGAUGGUCCUGUUGGUGCUGUUCUCCAUGGGGCUGACCCUCAGUCUGGGCUUCUGGUUGCCGGAGCUCUUGAGUUGGGCUGUCAAACUGUUGGGUUUCACCGACGAGACAGUGACGCACAGUAUCGUGCUGAUGUACUUGCUGUUUGUGCUGUGCGUGGCCAUGCCCUCUCUGCCCAGGGGCUCGGUGAAGGUUGAACACAAGGCUGUCUUUAUCACAGGUUGUGAUACAGGAUUUGGAUUUGCCUUAGCCAAGCAUCUUCAUGCUCAGGGCUUCAUAGUCUUCGCAGGCUGUCUCUUAAAGGACAAAAAUGGCGAAGGUGCUCAAGUACUAGAGAACAUGAAAUGUGACCGAAUGAAUGUGCUUCAGCUGAACGUUUGCAGCGAUGAGGAUGUUGCUCAGGCCGUGGAAUCUGUGAAGAGCCACUUGAAGGAAAACGAAAAGGGUCUCUGGGGUGUAGUGAACAUUGCCGGUGACUCAUCAUUUGGGGAAGUGGAAUUUACAGGCAUGGAGAGGUACAAGGAGCUAGCAGAUGUCAACUUGUGGGGAACAAUCCGAGUCACUAAGGCAUUCCUCCCCCUUAUCCGCAAAGCUACGGGUCGUGUUGUGAACAUAAGCAGUAUGUUCGGGUGCAUGGGCCAGGCUGGCCAAUCUUCCUACUGCAUUUCAAAAUAUGGGGUUGAGGCGUUCUCUGACUGCCUGCGUUAUGAGCUGCAGCACUGGGGUGUCAAAGUCAGCAUAAUCGAACCAGGCAAUUACAGCUUUCUGACCCGUGAGCACAUUGGGAGCACAGCCGACACCAUUUGGAAGGAAAGCUCCGACAGUGUACGGGAAGAUUACGGCAAGUCUCAUUUCGAUCGGCGGACAAUGGCAAUGAAAUCGCAGUGUAGCAAUGGUUCGAAAGACAUUUCUCCCGUCAUUAAUGCAAUGGCUGAUGCACUGACUUCGAAAUAUCCGUAUCGUCGCUACAGACCAAUGGAUACCUACUGGUGGAUUCGACUGCAGAUCCUGACCCAUCUCCCUGAUGCAAUAGCAGACAUGAUGUACAAGUAUUAACCAAGGGUGAAACAAAGAAAUCUCUGAAAUGUUUCACCCCUCUUUUUCAUCAGCCGCUCACUUUCUCCACAAACUGUACUUUCAAGGGCUUAUAACAUAAACCAAACAAGUUCAUCUGAGUCGUGUCUUAAUAGGUUCUGUACAACAAUAUUCACUGUGCCUUUUUUGCUUGCUAAUUGUUGCAAGGCAGCAAAAUACUAAAACAUUUUUAUAAUAUUGUGCAUUGUUUUAAAUACACCAUGAAAUGCAAUGAAAUCAUGAAUGGUUUAUGUUUCUAGUUGAUUUUUGACAUUGGUUCCAUGUGCUUGUGUCCUCCACAAAUCUGGUGCGUACAUUGCCCCUUUAACAUCAUCUGAUGCUGUGAAUUCUCUACCACUGUAUUGAGUAGUUAUAUACUGUACUGCUCUGGUGUGCAUUUUAUGGCUGUGUUUGUGUGGAUGUGCGUGUUUUUAAAAUGAAAAGUUAGCUGUAGAGGGGAGGUAUAUAUAGUGCAGAAAAGGCAGAGAAGCUGAGAUACAUCUGGAUAUAACAGUUGGAUGAUGGGCUUGGGCUUUAAAAGUAUAAAACCUGUAGGUGGAAAAGAAGACUAAGGGAGGGAAAGAGUUCCACAGCUUAGAAGUCUGGAGAAGAAUGAGUAAGUGUAAGAGUGCUUUCAAUUGUGCGGAUGCAGCUAGGAGGAAUGUGUAAGACUUGGCUGAUUCGGAAAGAACAAAAAUGGGAAGUUCAGAGGACCAUAGUAAUAUCAAUUGAUUAGAGAAAGACAAGUUGCAACACAGAAUGUUUGGACAAUACAGGAAAAGAUGUAGUUUAUAGGCAGUGCCUGAUUGUGAUUAGCAAGAAGAGUGUACACAUCAACAACUUGCAUUUAUAUAGCGUCCUUCACACGGGGCAGCGUCUUGGAGUGCUUAACAGUGGUGGAGCCUGACACUGAGCUGGGGGGAGGGUGAAGGUGACUAUAAGCACAGUUGUAGAGGAAGGUUUUCAGUCUUCAGAGUGAAACGUCAAACUCCACAUGCAAGGUGUCACUGAAGUUCAAUUCACAUUAAUGCUACAGAAUUUUGUGCAAAAUGUCUCAUCUGCAACUUUGUUUGAUAAGGCAUUUGAGUCUAAAAUGCUGAAACAGGAAGAGAUUGGGAAACCUCAGCAAAUGAGUGGUUAUUGCAGGGUCAGAGUACUGAUAUCUUCCUGGGGAAAUAAAGGAGAGACACCAGACAGUACAGUACUAUAUAUCUGGAGGAAGAAAAGAGAGAUACUAGUCACUAUACAGAUAUCCAUCUCCCUGAGGGAGUGUGGUAGACAUAAUAAUAAUAAUAAAAUAUAAUAAUAAUCCUUGCAUUUGAUAUAGCGCUUUUCACGUCUUCUUGAUGUCUCAAAGCGCUUCACAGAAUAGACUGUAAAGUGAAUUGACCGUAUAUUUGUGGGCGAAAGGCGUAUCAGCCAGUUUACACAUAUCUCCCUAAUGAAACAGGCGAAAGCCACUUGCCAGUGUACAGAUAUUUCCCUGGGAGAAUGAAGGAGAGACCUGUCAGUUUGCAGACACUAUAUCCUUGAGGGAGUAGAGCACCAAUCACUAUACAGAUAUCUCUCGCUGGUGGAGGGAUCAAGAGACUUCAGUCAGUGCACAGCAGGUAUCUCCCCAGGAGGAAUGGAGUCAUGUAGCUUAGUGUUUAGAGCAGUCGCCUCACAAGCGAGACACCUGGGUUCGAUUCCCGGCAGUGUGAAAUGUUGGGCAAGUUUCCUUACUCCACUCCACUCUGUUUACCUAGCAGAAAGUAGGAACCCGGUUGUUAGUCGAUUGACAGAUCGCUUUUCCUGGGGUAAUAAUUCCUUCAAACAGAAUUAAAAUAUUUUGGUCACUGAAUCCAUGACUGUUUGUGGGACACUGGUGUGUACAAUUGGCUGCUGCGUUUCACCCACAAAAUAUACAGUGAAUUCACUCUACAGUAUAUUCUUUGAAGUGCUUUGAGAUGUCUCAAAGACAUGAUAAGGCACUAUAUCAAAUGCAAAGAACCUGUCCAGACCUCCUACUAGAGGUAGCCCACUUUCAAUAGUGUGCAACUAGUAUAUUAUUCCAUCACUGUGUGAAAUGCCUCUAGGUAUGAAUUGAUCUCAUCAAAAUUGGUUGCAGUUGGCCAUUGAAUGAUCAGGCACAUACCAGUGAAGGUUACCUUUUAGUUCAAAGCUUAUCUUGAUUUCUGUGGUUCAGUAGGCUUGAAGAAGGUACAGUGUAAUCCACAUGCAAUGAACAUCCAAUGCAAGGUACUUGCCGAGGUCAAAGCAAAGGAAACAGAGGAAUGUAUAGUAUAGUCUCUGAGAAUCUGUUUCUGGAGUAGGGAUUACUGAAAAGAGUAAUGAUAACUCUAUCUGGUGCCUCUGAAUUUGGAAUGCUAUUGCACAACUCUGUCCUGUUUAUGCAAUUUUUUUGAUCAAAUAAAAUGAUGAAUUUA